GGCGGCGGGGGCCGGUGCUGCUCCCCCCCCCUCCCCCCGUAGCACCGCGCCGCUCCGCCCCGCAGUGACGCCCUCUGCUCAUGGGCCUGGCUGGGGGCAGCCGGCGGGCGGCGCGGAGGAGGCGGCAGGUGGCGCGCAGCGGGGCGGGAGCCGGGCCGGGCCAUGGCCGCCUCGGAGCGGCUGUGCGAGUUGUGGCUGCUGUACUACAAGCAGAAGGACCCGGGCUACCUGCGGCAGUGGCUGCAGGCCGUCGCGGGGGCCUCUGAGAACACCAUCUCCCUGUCCUCUCUGGAGCCGUGCAGGCCGGAGGAGGCGGGCGCCGAGGUGCCCCUGCUGCCCCUGGAUGCCCUGCAGGUGCUGGCCGAGCAGCUGGCGGAGGGGGGCCCGGAGGAAGUCCUGCAACUUCUCAAGGUCUUCAUCGUGCUCUGCAGGAACCUGCAGAAUGUGGAGGCGGGCUGGGGCCCGGUGCUGGUGCCCCAUGUGCUGGCACUGCUCACACAGCUGGUGACCAAGCUGAAAGAACCCGAAGUCCCGCACAACCACAACCACAACGGGGACGGGCCCCAGCCAGAGAGCGCAGCCCCUCAGGAUGGCCCCGGGUCCCCACUGGAGGACGUGGCCCUGCACGCCCUGCUUCUCUGCGAGGGUCUCUUUGACCCCUACCAGGCCUGGCGGCGCCGGCACAGCGGGGAAGUCCUCAGUGCCAAGGAGAAGAGCAAGUACAAGAUGCCCCCUGCGACUUUGCCUUGUGGAUUCAGUGCCUUCUUCUCAGAGAGCCUGCAGGAUGCCGAGCGCUUGCCCCCGGCGGUGCUGCUACGGCUCAUCCACGUCUUCGGCGCUGUCCUGGCCGGCGGAAAGGAGAACGGGCAGAGGGCUGUGAGCGCCGGUGCCGUGCAGGGCCUGCUGGGUGUGGUGCGGGGCUGGGGCUGCCGGCCGGCCGUGGACUCGGCCCGGGACCGCCGUGUACUGCCGCUGGCCCUGGAGGCGCUGGUGGGUGCUGUGCACGUGCUGCAUGCCAGCCGCGCUCCCCCCCGCGGGCCCGAACUCCGUGCCCUGCUCGAGGGUUAUUUCCGUGUCCUUAACACCGACUGGCCAGCCGGGCCGAGCCCGGGACCCGAGGAGGCCCUCGUUGCCCUGAGGGUCAGCAUGCUUGAGGCCAUCCCCAUGAUGCUGGCCUGUGAGGACCGGCCGGUGCUGCAGGCCACCUUCCUCAGCAACAACUGCUUUGAACACCUGAUGCGCCUUGUCCAGAACAGCAAGCUGUACCUGCAGGCCCGGGCAACCCCUGAGGGGGACAGUGACCUGGCUACCCGGUUACUGACCGAGCCCAAUGUCCAGAAGGUGCUGGACCAGGACGCGGACGCCAUCGCGGUCCACGUGGUCAGGGUGCUGACCUGCAUCAUGAACGGCUCCCCCUCGGCCAAGGAGGUGUUUAAGGAACGCAUCGGCUAUGCCCACCUGCACGAGGUCCUGCAGAGCCACGGCCCGCCCACCCACCGCCUGCUGCAAGAGUUGCUCAACAUGGCCGUGGAGGGCGAGCACAGCGUAAGCCCACCGCCCCCCAUCCACAACGAGCAGCCGGUGCUGGUGCUGACGCAGUGGCUGCCAACGCUGCCCACCGCCGAGCUGCGCCUCUUCCUCGCCCAACGCCUCCGGUGGCUCUGUGACAGCGGCCCCGCCAGCCGCGCCACGUGUGUGCAGGCAGGCCUGGUGGGCUGCCUGCUGGAGACGCUCAGCACAGGGCCGGCCCUGGGGGCCCCCUGCCAGGAGCAACUGCUGGCGCUGCUGCAAGCCCUGGGCCGGGUGUCGCUGAGGCCCUCGGAACUCCGCCGCCUGCUGCGGCCCCCGGACGGGCUGGAGUCGGCGCAGGACGGAGCCGCGGCCGCGUCUUGGGGCGCCCGCCACGCCGGCACAGUGAUCCGGGCGCUGUCGGGAAUGGCCCGGCACCAGGGCCCCACGCGCGCCCUGCGCUACUUUGACCUCACACCCGGCAUGGCGGGGAUCAUGGUCCCCCCCGUCCAGCGCUGGCCGGGGCCGGGGUUCACGUUCCACGCCUGGCUCUGCCUGCACCCCACGGCGACCUCGCCCGCCCCGGCCCUGGCUCGAGCGCUCCAGCGAAAGCAGCUGUACAGCUUCUUCACCAGCGGCGGCUCCGGGUUUGAGGCCUUCUUCACGGCGGCGGGGACCCUGGUGGUGGCCGUGUGCACGAGGAGGGAGUACCUGACCGUGAGCCUGCCCGAAGUGCCCUUUGCCGACUCUGCCUGGCACUGCGUGGCCGUCGUCCACAUGCCUGGGCGCCGGCCCUUCAGCCAGAGCCUGGUCCACAUCUACAAAGACGGCUCCCUGCUGAAGACGGCCCCCCUCCGCUGCCCCUCCCUCGGCGAGCCCUUCUCCUCCUGCUGCAUCGGCUCCGCUGGUCACCGCACAACCACCACCACCACGGGGCUGCCCGCACCACCUGGCGCUGCCGCCCUGGCUCACAGCCACCCCUCCCUCACCCGCUCCCAGUCAGUCCCGGCCACCGCCGGCCUCGGCUGGGGGUCUGGGCUGAUGGCCCCCCUGGAGGAGGGCAGCAUCAGCUCCACCCUUGCAGGCACCCAGGACACUCGGUGGGGUAGCCCCACAUCCCUGGAGGGAGAGCUGGGCGCCGUGGCCAUCUUCCACGAAGCCCUGCAGCCGGCCGCCCUGCGGGCCCUGUGCACCAUGGGGCCCAACGAGACAGCCCCCUUCAAGCCUGAGGGUGAGUUCCACGAACUUGGCUCCAAGCUGCUUCUCCACUACUCACCUCAGGCCUGUAAGAACAACAUCUGCCUGGACCUGUCCCCCAGCCACGGGCUGGACGGCCGCCUGACGGGCCACAGGGUGGAGACGUGGGACGUGAAGGAUGUGGUGAACUGUGUGGGAGGCAUGGCUGCCCUGCUGCCCCUGCUGGAGCGCGUGGCCACCCAGCCCCAGGAGGCCGAGGCAGGUCCGGCCGAAACGCACGACCUCGUGGGGCCCGAGCUCACAUCUGGCCACAGUGCCCAGGGCCUGGUGCUCCCUCUGGGCAAGUCCUCAGAGGAGCGGAUGGAGCGGAACACGGUCGCCGCCUUUCUGCUGAUGCUGAAGAACUUCGUGCAAGGCCACACUGUCAACCAGGAGAGCCUGGUGCAGUGCCAGGGGCCCGCCAUCAUCGGGGCCCUCCUGCGCAAGGUCCCCCCCUGGGCCAUGGACAUGAACGUGCUCAUGUCCGCCCAGCUGCUGAUGGAGCAGGUGGCCGUGGAGGGCGGCGGGCCCCUCCUCUACCUGCUGUACCAGCACCUGCUCUUCAACUUCCCCCUCUGGACGCUCAGCGACUUUGCCGUGCGCCUCGGCCACAUCCAGUACAUAUCCAGCAUCGUCCGCGAGCACAGACAGAGGCUGCGGAAGAAGUACGGGGUCCAGUUCAUUCUCGACGCCCUGCGCAUGCACUACGGCCCGCAGCGGGAGCGCCCCCUGGCGGCCGACGACCUGCGCACAAUGCAGACGGCGCUCCUGGGCCUGGCCCGGGAGUUCCUGGUGCGGAGCGCCUCCACUGAGGACUUGCAGGUGGUGCUGAACUUUCUGACCGUUGCGGGUGAUGAUAACCAGCUGGUGGGUGCCUUGGACCUGCUGCUGGCCCUGCUGCAGGCAUCGCCCUCCCAGGAGCCUCUGGCCAUCUUCCUGCUGGAGCCGAGGAACCUGGAGGUCCUGCUGGCGCUGCUGCUGCGGCCAGGGUCCCUGCCCCUGCUUCCUGACCGAGUUUGCAAGGUCCUGCGCAGGAUGCAGCAGAACGAGCGUUUGCCCGAACGCAGCCGCCAGCGUCUCCGGCUGCGAGAAUGUGGCCUCCAGGGUCUCGUCGCCUGCCUGCCUGAGGGCACUGUCGCCCCCCAGCUCUGCCAGGGCCUGUACAAACUGUUCCUGGGGACAGACUGCCUGGACCUCUCAGACCUGCUGGCUGCGGUACAGCUGUCCCUCCAGGCUGACCUCAGCGUCCGCCUGGACAUCUGUCGCCAGCUCUUCCACCUCAUCUACGGACAGCCGGAUGUCGUGCAGCUGUUGGCCCGGCAGCCCGGCUGGCAGGACGUGCUGACGCGACUGUAUGUCCUGGAAGCGGCCACGGCCGGCAGCCCCCUGCCCUGUCCCCCCGAGACACCCACCUCCCCGGAGUCAGCCCUAGCCCGGCCCCCCUCGGAGUCGCCCGAGCCUUCUGAUGUCUUCCUGCCCUCCGAGGGCCCCUGCCCCGACCCUGACGCCGUUUACCAAGCUCUCUCUCCGUUCUGCACGCCCUUCGACCUGGGCCUGGAACGGGCCAGUGUGGGCUCGGGCAACACCGCUGGCUGCGGCAGCGGGACUCUGACCCCCGCCAGCCAGCCCAGCACACCCUCCCCGCUGGAUGGGCCCCGGCCCUUCCCUGCCGCCCCGGGCCGCCACAGCUCCAGCCUCUCCAACGUGCUGGAGGACGGCAGCCUCCCGGAGCCCGCGGUCGGCGGGGAUGACGCCUCCAACAACAGCAACCCUCAGCAAACCUGCGAGGAGGAGCUGUGCAACCUGCUCACCAACGUGCUGUUCUCAGUGACGUGGCGCGGCGUGGAGGGCACUGACGAGGCCGCCUGGCGGGAGCGUGGCCAGGUCUUCUCUGUGCUCACCCAGCUGGGGGCCUCGGCCACUCUGGUGCGCCCGCCGGACUACAUCAAGCGCAGCCUCCUGGAGAUGAUGCUGGAGUCAGCCCUGACCGACAUCAGAGAGGCGCCCCCGGGCGGCCUGGCCGGCCUGGGCCAGCAGGCGCUCUGGCUGCUGCGGCUGCUGCAGGACUUCCUGUGCGCCGAGGGGCACGGGAACCAGGAGCUGUGGAGCGAGAAGCUCUUCGAGGGCGUGUGCAGCCUGCUGGACCGCCUGGGAGCGUGGCCGCACCUGGCCGACGGCACGGCCGACCUCCGCGAGAUGGCACAGAUCGGCCUGCGCCUGGUGCUGGGCUACGUCCUGCUGGAGGACCCCCAGCUGCACGCCCAGGCCUACGUGAAGCUGCACUCGCUGCUGCAGACGUCGGUGCCCAUGCGCCGCGAGGAGGCCUGCUACGUGCUGUCCAAGCUGGAGGCCGCGCUGGCCCGGGCCCUCGACACCCCCCGGGACGGGCAGCCCCCCGCCACGGUGGCCGCGGCCACCACGGAACGCUGCUCGUGGCUGGUGCCGCUGGUGCGCACGCUGCUGGACCGCGCCUACGGGCCCCUGGGGCUGCAGUGGGGGCUGCCCUCCCUGCCGCCCACCAACGGCAGCCCCACCUUCUUCGAGGACUUCCAGGACUUCUGUGCCACCCCCGAGUGGCGCCACUUCAUCGACAAGCAGGUGCAGCCCAUCAUGUCGCAGUUCGAGAUGGACACCUACGCCAAGAGCCACGACCUCAUGUCGGGCUUCUGGAACGCCUGCUACGACACCCUCAUGAGCGGCGGGCAGAGGCGCCAGCGCCAGCGGGCCCUGAGCCGCAGGGCCUUCCAGGAGCUGGUGCUGGAGCCGGUGCAGCAUCGGGCGCGCCUGGAGGGGCUGCGCUAUGGCUCGGCGCUGAAGCAGCAGGCGGCCCAGCACGCCACGGCCCUGCUGCACUGGGGCGUCCUGUGGCGGCAGCUCUCCAGCCCCUGUGGGGCCUGGGCCCUGAGGGACCCGCCCACCCCACACUGGAAGCUGUCCUGUGCAGAGACGUACUCGCGCAUGCGGCUCAAGCUAGUGCCUAACCAUCACUUCAACCCUCACCUGGAAGCCAGUGCCCUGCGUGACAACCUGGGUGAGAGUGAGGGCCCCCUGACACCCACUGAGGAGACCUCGCUGCCUCUAGCGGUGACCAAAGAGGCCAAAGUCAGCACUGUCCCUGAGGCGCUUCAGGAAGACCAGCUGGGCGAGGAUGAGCUGGCCGCUCUGGAGCUGGCGAUGGAGGCGACGGAGCUGGGUCAGCAGCAUGAGAAGCUGGUGCUGUCUGCCGAGUGCCAGCUGGUCACGGUGGUGGCCGUGGUCCCCGGGCUGCUGGAGGUCACCACGCAGCACGUGUACUUCUACGACGGCAGCGCCGAGCGUGUGGAGACCGAAGAGGGUAUCGGCCAUGACUUUCGGCGCCCGCUGGCCCAGCUGCGGGAGGUCCAUCUCCGCCGCUUCAACCUGCGCCGUUCGGCGCUGGAGCUCUUCUUCAUCGACCAGGCCAACUACUUCCUCAACUUCCCCAGCAGGGCCGGGGGAGCCCCGGCCUCGUCCCCCGCGCCCAGGCCCCAGCCCUGCCCCAGCCCGCCCCACACCCAGGUGCGGAACCAGGUGUACUCGUGGCUCCUGCGCCUGCACCCCCACUGCCAGGGCUACCUGAGCAGCCGCUCCCCCCAGGACAUGCUGCGAGCUUCGGGCCUUACCCAGAAAUGGGUACAGCGUGAGAUAUCCAACUUUGAGUACUUGAUGCAACUCAACACCAUCGCCGGGCGCACCUACAACGACUUGUCUCAGUACCCCGUGUUCCCCUGGGUCCUGCAGGACUACGUGUCCCCCAUCCUGGACCUCAGCAACCCGGCCGUCUUCCGGGACCUGUCGAAGCCCAUUGGUGUGGUGAACCCCAAGCACGCCCAGCUAGUGAGGGAGAAGUACGAGAGCUUCGAGGACCCGGCUGGCACCAUCGACAAGUUCCACUACGGCACCCACUACUCCAACGCGGCGGGCGUGAUGCACUACCUCAUCCGAGUGGAGCCCUUCACCUCCCUGCACGUCCAGCUGCAGAGUGGCCGCUUUGACUGCUCCGACCGGCAGUUCCACUCGGUGGCCGCAGCCUGGCAGGCCCGCCUGGAGAGCCCGGCCGACGUGAAGGAGCUUAUCCCAGAGUUCUUCUUCUUCCCCGACUUCCUGGAGAACCAGAACGGCUUCGACCUGGGCUGCCUCCAGCUGACCAACGAGAAGGUGGGGGACGUGGUGCUGCCCCCCUGGGCCAGCUCUCCUGAGGACUUCAUCCAGCAGCACCGCCAGGCCCUGGAGUCAGAGUACGUGUCCGCCCACCUGCACGAGUGGAUCGACCUGAUCUUCGGCUACAAGCAGCGGGGGCCAGCGGCGGAGGAGGCGCUCAACGUCUUCUACUACUGCACCUAUGAGGGGGCCGUGGACCUGGACCAUGUGGCGGACGAGCGGGAACGGAAAGCCCUGGAAGGCAUCAUCAGCAACUUUGGGCAGACUCCCUGCCAGCUGCUGAAGGAGCCACACCCGGCUCGGCUGUCGGCUGAGGAGGCAGCCCAGCGCCUGGCACGUCUGGACACUAACUCACCUAGCAUAUUCCAGCACCUGGACCAACUCAAGGCCUUCUUCGCGGAGGUCAUCAGUGACGGUGUGCCCGUGGUGCUGGCCCUGGUGCCCCACCGACAGUCCCACUCCUUCAUCAGCCAGAGCUCCCCGGACCUGCUGGUGACCGUGAGUGCCAGUGGGCUGCUGGGCACCCACAGCUGGCUGCCCUACGACCGCAACAUAAACAACUACUUCAGCUUCAGCAAAGACCCCAACAUGGGCAGCCCCAAGACGCAGCGACUGCUCAGUGGCCCUUGGGUGCCGGGCAGCGACGUGAACGGACGAGCCCUGGCGGUGGCCCCGGACGGAAAGCUGCUGUUCAGUGGCGGCCACUGGGACGGCAGCCUGCGAGUGACCUCACUCCCCCGGGGCAAGCUGCUCAGCCAGCUCCGCCAUCACCUGGACGUGGUGACCUGCCUUGCACUGGAUACCUGUGGCAUCUACCUCAUUUCAGGCUCCCGGGACACCACGUGCAUGGUGUGGCAGCUCCUGCAGCAGGGUGGUCUCUCGGUAGGGCUGGCAACAAAGCCGGUGCAGGUCUUGUAUGGGCACGAGGCUGCCGUGAGCUGCGUGGCCAUCAGCACUGAACUCGACAUGGCCGUGUCUGGAUCUGAGGACGGGACUGUGAUCAUCCACACCGUACGCCGUGGCCAGUUCGUGGCGACACUCCGGCCUCCGGGAGCCGCGCUGCCGGGCCCCGUGUCCCACCUGGCACUGGGCUCUGAGGGUCAGAUCGUGGUGCAGAGCUCAGCACGGGAGCGUCCGGGAGCCCAGGUCACCUGCUCCCUGCACCUGUACUCGGUGAACGGCCGGCUGCGGGCGUCGCGGCCUCUGAGGGAGCAACCCACCGCGCUGGCGGUGGCGGAGGACUUUGUCCUGCUGGGCACGGCCCAGUGUGCCUUGCACAUCCUGCGCCUCGACAAGCUGCUGCCCGCGGCGCCGCCCCUGCCCAUGAAGGUGCCCAUCCGCAGCGUGGCCGUGACCAAGGAGCGCAGCCACGUGCUCGUGGGCCUGGAGGACGGCAAGCUGAUCGUGGUGGGCUCGGGCCGGCCCUCCGAGGUGCGCAGCGGCCAGUUCGCGCGGAAGCUGUGGCGCUCGUCGUCGCGGCGCAUCUCGCAGGUGUCCUCCGGGGAGACCGAGUACAACCCCGCCGAGGCCCGCUGACGGCCUCCCCGCCGUCCUCCUUCCGGCCGCUGCUCAAGCUCCGCCCCCGCCGCGGGAGCCCCGACCCCAUUGGCCCGCACGCGGGGGAGGGGCGAGGCUCCGCCCCCGCCCAGCUCAGGGAUUGGCGGGGGCUCCUGGAGGCCCCGCCCCCGACCGGGAGGCCCCGCCCCCGACCGGGAGGCCCCGCCCCGCCCCGCCCCGCCCCGCCCCGGGGCCCGCACUGCACUGUUUGCACAGCCCCACUCGGGUCCGGUCCGGCGGAGCACGGCCGCGCCCCGCAGCUCUCCUCCUCUCGGCAAUAAACUCGGAC